AUGUCGACUAUUCGAGAUACAAGUCCGGAAAAAGGCAAGCUGAAGAAGAAGCCGACACUACCAGCAGUCGACUCGAGCCCCAGUGUGAAUACAACACCAGUGAAGAAUACCAGCGCCGCAUCACGAUUCACCUCUUUCUGGUCACCGAAGACCCCAUCACAAUCAAAUACCGUCCAAGUACCUGCAGACCUCAACGACAAGUUUCUUACUCUCGAUUUGGAGACUGCCCUCUUUCCAGCAGGAACACCCUCCGAACAAGACACCUUCAGUCCAGCUGCAUUCUCAAAUCUAAAACAGAAUGCAAAAGGUCUGCUUUCGAAACUGCACAAUGCAUACAAGGUUCGCACCGUUGCGUUGCACGAACUAUCGGCAGAGAAGGAAGCAAUAUCAGAAGAGCUAGAAGAGUCGCAGGCGAGGAACAAUCUAUUGAAGGCGAAUCUGGCAGAUAUGGCACACCAAGUCUCGGAGAGGGAUAAUACUAUCCAAGAACUCAUGAACGAGCUUACAAAAGAGAAGCAGGCGAGGGCGGACGAGAAAGAAGCCAGGGAGAGGAGUAUUGCCAUGGUCACAGCACGAGCACAACGUGAUGCAGUGAAACGAGGAUCAACCAGCGACCUUUCUAUCGACACUACCGCUGAAGAUCUUGGUAUUUCGUCUGCGAGGUGGAAACGACAGAGCGGAGGUACUGAUUUCACCGAAGCGGACAGUGAUACCGAGUCUGGAGCAGGAGGUUCGACAUUCAGCCGUGCAAGAAGUCCUGUCCACAGUAUCGGAACAGUAGACAGCACACCUACGAUGACACCGGAGAUCAUGCAAGCUAGCUUCGGUAGAAUGGUUCCAAAUCCUACUCACACUUCUGGCUUCGAGAAGAGACCGAAGAUGGUACAGCAAAAGAGUACAUUUCAAAAGGUGCUGGGAAAGAUAACAGCCGCAGAGAGUGCGCCCGAGACCUUGGAGAAAGAUCCAUAUGGUGGUCUUGGAUUGGGCGAGCAAGGCUGUAGCAACUGUCGAGGAAAGGAUGCUAGUGUGGCGUGGGACACUGUGGGGUUGAUGAGAGCGGAGAAUAAGGGGUUGAAAGAAAGGGUCGGUGAUUUGGAGAAAGCCAUCGACGAUACAUUAGAGAUGCCGUUUAUGAUAGGUGUUCAGGGUUUGACCAAAGAUACAUAG